AUGCCCACAAGAGUUCCUCGAGUGUCUCGACUCUUGCUUCAGAGCCGUCGCCUCUACGGUCUGCCCAGGCCAUUGACGCAUGUGCGCCAUAAUCAUACUGGACCCCCUUUCUACGGUCCUAAACUCAGAAAUCCAAAGCGAAACAUCUCACCAUUUAUUACUGCGCGACAAUCACACACAAGCCCUUCUCCGGGGUGGCCGACUUGGAAUUUCGAUGUCACACAGAUCAAAACUACCGGCUCUAAGCUCCUUGAACCGCAUUGGGCGAGUCAGGACUUGUCUGUUGUCGAUAAUUUAAUCGACCAUCAGACUAUCCGCCAAUUUCUUAUGUUCCUGGGGGACGGUAUACUGCCCAAUGGAAAGAAGACUAGUCUCCGUAUCAUGGAUGAAGAGGAGGGUGAUUUGUUUCUGCUCCCAAGCGCAGAAUGGGCCCCCGCUCCCUUUAACAGCUGUACCGUCACCAUCAUACAUAAAUUGAAGGACCGAAUUGGGAAGUUUGGAGACACUAGCAGGCUAUGUCGUGUUGGCCAGAACAUCCACUCACUCAAGCGUCAGCUCGAGGAUGGUAUUGUCCCCAUGCCGGACAGUCGAUGGAUUGAAAAGGACCUCAAUAACCCCAAGCACUUCAACACCGCGCGUGAGCACCUGACGGCUGUCCUUGUUGUCUUUGAGUAUCUAAAUACACCUGAAGUUCGCGACAAUAUGCGUGGUACCUUUAACUUGAUAGCGGGCGACUUGCAAGAGCUCCAGGAUGCCUUGAACGCUCGUCGCAAGCUCCAGGAUCCAAAUGGGAAUAUACUGGAGCUCAAUCUAGUUGGCUUGUGGGAAGCAUUCAUCCGCGCAAAAUACGAAAUCAUGACUGCAACUGCUCAUUCUUGGGUUCUUUCUCGCGUGGCCGAAUUGCGAGAUCACACUAUAAACGAGUUCUGCAACGUGCCCCAAGUGGUUGAGAAGAUGGAUUCAGAGGAGACCAAGGUCUACCAAGACCGAAUACAGAAUCUUACGGAGAUUACCGCAAUGGCUGAUCUCAUGAUUUGGAUGUCCAUGGACGGCUAUACCGGUUACCAACCCCCCGCCGAGGUCACACCCGGGCUACACUAUCCCGGCUUGGACGCCCAAAAAAAGGGCUACCAGGGAAGAUAUGAAGAGCUAAUUCAAGCACUGCAUAACAGCUCUUCUGCGUACCAGUCAGAGCCUGGGCGAUUGCAGACGCUAGCUGCUCUUCGUGUCCGCUUCUCGAUACUCGUAGCGGCACAGGAUAUGCUUCGGAAAGAAAUACGUGGACGAUUGCCCCCACAGCCUCCGCUGGUCCAUUGGAUAGAGUAUGUUCUCAAGUCUCACGAGUAUGACUUGAAAAAUCCACAGCUGCCGGAAGUAGCUCGCCGUGAGUUCGGGUUUGCCAUCUACCGUGCAGCCUACAAGGCCUCCGACGAAGAAUGGCAGACUGUGAAGAGGAACAUGGAAGCCCAUAUAUUGCACUGGGGAAACAACAUUCAGGGCGCAGAUGAGGUUAAGCCGCUCCUCAGGCUCCAUUGGUUCGAUUGCAAGGAGUUAGGCCUGGAUUUCAGUGAUACCGCGGCCGCAAAAAGGCACUUCCAGCAAUGGCGAGAGUCGGACUCAUAUCGAGAAAAGAUCAACACAGACGUCUUCCUCAUGAUCGAUGACUGGAGCGCAGCCUCCUACAGAUACGAAACCCACCCGGCGAUUGAAUCUGCCGAGAAAGUAUUCCCAGGUAACAGCGCCUUCCGCGGCCACCUCCUAGCCGUCGACGCAGACUUCGACUCAGACUCGGUCCCCGAAAGUGAAGUUGAUCACAGCGAGAGUCAUGACGAAGACAGACCCGUUCGUUAUCAGUAUGCCCCCGGCUACGUGGGACACAUGCGUAUUCUUGGUAAUCUCGUCUGGAGCGAGCUCUUCGCGAUGCUUACAACGCACUCUGCGCGUCUUACGGAGUUGUGGCCGCUAGCCAUGGACAACCCGCAGAGGAUUUAUACGGGGCAGACGGUGCCAUGUCAACUGCAUGAGUGGAGAGAGCAGAGCUUGAUUGCAAGUCCUUUGAAAGAUGGGUUUGGGAAGUGGCUUAAGGACAAAGACCCUAGGAUGGCGGAGCAUAUCAAGAGGCUCAGGGCGAUGCAUGUAAUUUGA